UCAAGAGCGAACCCCCGAAAAAGCCCUUUAUCAAGUCCAACGCCGCCUGCCACUUCCUCUCCUUUUCGGCUCAUGUCUCAUCACCUGACAUAUGCUCAGGUUGACUUUCCCUAAAACCGUAUUAUAACUCUUCACACGACUCCACACCCAGGGUCCAACAUGGCCCCUACUCUAUCAUCCUUACCAACCUCAGCACCACCUACAGAAGCCAUGUGCCUCCCCCUUUCAACAGCAACGAGGCAGCGUUACGCCAGGCUGCGGCACCACUUGAACAAGCAAACGCAACCAUGGGACGGUGUGGUAGCUACUUUGCUAGUCAUCGUUGCCCAGCUCCUAAUCGCCGGUAUCGACUUCAUGUUGGACAACCAUAGCGUGGACUUUCCCCCUUCGAUAUUGGCAAUGGUCGCCUUGUUCGUCGUCUUAUCCGCUUGCGGGUGUGUCAUUCCCAGACUGGAGGAGUUCUAUCAAAAGCAUCUGAGCCGCGCGACGAACCUUCUCAACCGACACAUGUCCAUCGGCUUCACCAUCCCUUUCGUCAUGAUUUGCCGGGGACCACUUGCCGAUGCCCGUACCGUGGGGCUUGUUAUUGCCUGCUUCGUACUAACGGGCAUCCUCAACACGAUCUCAACCUACAUCCUGGCCUUGCCAAUCCACUCACUGAUGGUCCGGUGGAAGGAACGUUCCCCUACCUACGAGUCAGAAAAUACCGAAGUGAUCGAAGGCCGCAAGGAACGGUGGAGUUGGAUCUCCUCCAAGAUCAUCUUCGAGCGCGACUCAAUGGCGAGCAGCUUCAGCUUCGGUGUUUCUUGCUCUGGUGACGAAAGCGCUUGUGAAGGGACCAGACCCCCAACUUCACUUGAGAAAGUCCAACCUACGGAGGCACAACAGGAUACACCGAAGACAGGAUUUCGAGGAUGGCUUAGCCGAAACCCGAUGUUGGUUUUGUGUUGGUUCCUGACUUUUACCGUGGGCAUCCCCCUACGAUAUGCGGUGCACCACGACGCCUCGCUGGCGACUUUUCUCCUGUUCGCUACCUGGUUCACGAUGCUCGAGAUUCAAGCAGCCGUAAAGCGCGCGGAAGGACUCGCUCCCUGGAUCCGCAUCACCCUGACCGGUUCGCUGAACGCGGUACUCUGGACUUCCUUUGUCAUGAUGGCCUAUAUCUACCUUGACGCUGCGAUUAGCGAUCGAGCCUUAGGCAAGAUGCUGGAUAGCUUGCAGACCAAGACAACCCUCUCCCACCUCCUCCUACAUAGUGUCAAUGGCGGAGUCGAUGCGGAGGGAAACAAACUCAACGUCUCCAUGGCCGCAGGAGAUAUCGCACAGUCCAUCCUGAAUGCCGGUUUGGUGGCCUGGGGUCUUAAACUUUACGAGUACCGCCGCCAGUUACUCUCCCGCGCCGGGUUGACCGUCCUCAUCGUCUCCUCAAUCCUCGCCCUCGGAAACGUCGCCCUAGGUCCUCUCCUCACUCGCGCCAUUGGCCUCGCCCCCGCCUCCCGGAACAUCGCCUACACCGCUCGCAGCGUCACCAUCGCGAUGGGUGCGCCCGUCAUGGUCAUGAUGGGCGGAGACGCCAGUCUAAACGCCACGAUGGUAGUCAUUAGUGGGAUCAUCUUCCAAAUGGGACUGGGCUUUGGCUUUGGCAGCUGGUUGGAACGGACGAUUUUCUCGCGCUUUGUCAAGCAGCAAGAGCAACCUACUGACAACACCACCGCCGAGAGGACCGAAGACAAGCCUGAAGGAGCUAAGACCGAACCCAAGGCUAGUCAAACCGAGCUUCUCACCGUUCCUGUCCGCCAGUCCUUCGACCUCGAGGCGCAGCAGGCUGCCAGGACAGCACCUACCACCGCAACACCCGCACAAGGCCAAGGGAUGAACGACCCGCAUACGGUAGCGGCUGGUCUGACGAUCGGUAUCAACUCGGCUGCCAUGGGAACUGCAUACUUGUAUGAGGUCGGAAGCGAGGCGGCCCCGUACUCCGCGCUAUCGAUGAUGGCGUUGGGGGUGAUGACCGUGGGCUUUGCCAGUAUCAAGCCGUUGGCGGAGUGGGUGGUAGCAGGUGUUGGUGGUCAGAUGCAGGGUUGAUACACUCCAUCCGACAGAUUUUGCCGACGAUACCUAAACGAUACCUAUGGACAUGAUCCUACGAAAAUUACCAUCAAAAAUUACGACAACCUACACAGAAAAGGAAGAAUAACAGAAUUCCAUCGAUAUACCUCAAAUACUCUACAUACACCACCAGCUCCUGUUUGAGACAGUUGAGCGGCUCUUCAUCUUCAUCUUCCUGCACAUUUCUCUCCAUUUUUUUCCUUGCUGUACAUACCUAAAACCUACUUUGCAUGUUUCGCAUG